AUGGGUUACCUUUCUUGUAAGGCUGAAUCCGCUAUUGCCGUCUCCACGCCAUCCCCCUCCCAGCCUUCCGCCGCUCUUCAGAACAAGCAGGAAAAGCCGAUCAAGAUCCAUCAGUUCCACUACAGCGACCUCGAGGCGGCAACCAACGGCUUCUCCGAGCAGAAAUUGCUGGGCAAAGGCAGCCAUGGCUGCGUCUACAAGGCUGUCCUGCGUGGCCGCCGUGUCGCCGUCAAGAAGCCCUCCAGAGGGCUCGAGUUCGCUCACGAAGUCGACAACGAGAUCGAGAUCCUGUCAAAUAUUCGCAGCCCAAGAUUGGUAAAUUUGCUGGGGUUUGCUAAUAAUGAUACUAAACAUAGAUUGCUUGUUGUCGAGUUUAUGUGCAAUGGUACUCUUUAUGAUGUUCUUCACUCGAAUUCCAGACCCCCAAAUUGGGGUCGAAGAAUUAGGAUGGCCCUGCAGAUUGCUAAGGCUGUUGACACUCUGCACUCGCAGAAUCCGCCCAUUAUCCACAGAGACAUCAAGUCUGCUAAUGUGUUGAUUGACAGAAAUCUUAAUGCUAGGUUGGGUGAUUUUGGGCUGGCUCUUAGGUGUGGCGUUGGUGAUGGUGAUAGGCUUAGAUCAACCCCACCUGCUGGAACAAUGGGGUAUCUUGAUCCUUGUUAUGUCACACCAGAUAAUUUGAGCACUAAGACUGAUGUUUUCAGUUUUGGGAUUUUGUUGUUGGAGAUUAUUAGUGGGAGGAAGGCUAUUGAUGUGGGGCAUUCCCCUCCUUCAAUUGUGGACUGGGCAAUCCCCAUGGUAAAGAAGGGCAAGCUUGGUCUUAUCUACGAUCCGAGGAUCCCACCCCUCAAGGAUCCUUUGCUCAAGAGGCAGUUGGCUCUGAUUGCUUCCAAAUGUGUUAGGUCUUGUAGGGAGAGGAGGCCAUCAAUGAAGGAGGUUGUUGAUUGGUUGAAUACAUUGAACAAAUUGGUUCCUCUUCACUCAUGGAAUGGGUUCAACAAUCCAUGUAUGAUGGUAGAGACGAUGGGGCGUCCUGUUGAACUGAUGAUGAAUGGUCAGUUUGGUUUGAGACAGCAAGGUAUUGGAGGUGAGAACUUGGAUGGAGUUGAUGGGAAGCUCGGUAUGCGAAUGAUGAAGGAUUCAAGAAGAGUGUUUUCAGAUUUGGGAUUGCGGAGCAAUUUGAUAGAUCUCAUGGAACGUGCAGAGGGGAAGUCUGGGUUUAUGAUUGAAGGCGAUCAUGAGGUUGAUCAGUCUGAUCUAAGGCCCUCAAGGCGGUUUUCUCGUUCCAUUUUUGGUAGUGCAAGAUAUGUAACCAGAGGAAGAACACAGUCCAGGGCUCCCAAUACUGAUAAAGCUGUUUCACAUAUGCGGAGGAUAAAAUCAGUUGGGGAUGGAUCGGACUUGUUUGCUGAUCAAACAGAAGAGAAAUCUUCUCGUUCAGGUUGUAGUGCUACAGCCUGUGAGGAUGACUAA